UGAGAGGUUUGACUCACCUGUGGAUAAUUUACGAGUGCUGAGUGUUUUCUUUGUUUUAAGAGAACGUUGUUUCCUACAGACAACCAGGAAUGUUUGCAAGAGUAUGGAAGGAAGCUGCACACUGAACAAAUGAUGCAAUAGAAUGGCAGAAAUAAAAUCUAUCUUUUCUGUAUCCGGCAGACGUUCAUCAGGGGAGAUCACUCAGGUUCACAAACCCACUAGUCAAAAGUCACCAUUGAGCGAAACUAGUCCCAUACAUAAGAAUGGGACUACAGAUGUUACUCACUUUUUUGGUAGCCUUCCAAACCCAACCAAUGUGUUGGAACAGUUGAAUCAUCAAGACGCUGCAGCUUACCAACGUGUUGGGUCGACCUUCCAGCAUGGUGGAUCAGUGUACCAGCGUAGUGUAUCUUGUUCCGUCCUUGAGAACACCAAGGGCUGGGCAACAGACACGAAAAUUACCAAGGAACAAACUGCGGUUUCCAGCUCACAGCAAGAACAAACACAAGUCACAGAUACCUCAAUGCAGGGGCAUUCACAAGUAAUUAACUCCUGCAUGCAGGGACAAACACAAAAUACGAAGUGUAGUUCACAAAGCCAAACACAAACAUCAUGUUCAUGUCCACCGAGUACGAACUGCAGUUUGCAAGGACAAACAGAUUCAUUAAAGAGAAAUGGCCUUCAGGAACAUUGUGAUUGCAAACCACAGACAAAUGAUGAUGUGAAAAGAACAACUAAAUCACAGCCCUGCCAUCAACAAAAUGUGACUUUUGAAACAGAUAUCAUAGAAAAAGAUGAAAAAGACUUAACAUUGAACCUUAACAAUGGCAGUAGUGAACCAGACACUGAUAAACCUGAAGGAAAAUUAACAUUAACCUUGAAUCAUUGUGAUAGUGUGUCGAGUAGUAUGAGUAAUACAUCGGAGGGGGAUAAAAUCCCUAAAAGUCCGGCUGGGGUUGAAGAACAGGUGUGUGGCAAGCCACCGCUACCUGGGGGCAAGGUCAAGACAAAGUCGACGGUCUCCGGGAAACAAUCAUGGCUGCUGAGAUUGUUUGAGUCAAAAUUGUUUGAUAUGUCUAUUGCUGUUUCUUAUUUGUUCAACUCAAAAGAGCCAGGUGUUCAAACCUACCUAGGUAAUCGUAUGUUCAGUUUUGAUGAGGCUGACGUGGACUUCUACUUGCCACAGAUUCUCAACAUGUACAUACACAUGCACGAUGUAGCUGAGGCCCUCCAUCCUUACAUCAUUCACAGGUGUCGAUACAACGUGGAAUUUUCACUGAGAACGGCCUGGAUCCUGGGAGCAUUUUCAGCAGAUGUAUUAAAACCUUCAUGGAAAAACGCUCAGGGUGUCAAACUAAAAAAUAUGAUACUUAACGAAGAAUUAAGGCCUCCAAAACCCCACAGUCAUAUUAAGACUCUGUCCGGCCUUCCUAGUCCAACUGUCCCCCCGAGCCAGCUGUACCCUUCGUCUACUCCAGCAUCGACAGGCAAACAGAAAACACAUCACCGCUCGCGAUCAGAUGCUACAGGUAUUUACAUGAAGAGUAGUCAGAGCAGUUCGACCUCUAGCCUUAUGGAAACUCCAGGCGACCUGUCUAGUGGCCAAGCCUUCCAAAAUGGCUGUACAUGUCAUCAAAGCUCCGAGGCUAUUGUCAACGACCUAACAGGCCGGGAGACCCUGUGUCAUUGCGGGGCACCUCGUUUGGCGCCAGAACUGGAGUUUGUGAAUGCAUUGAUGAACAUCGGAUCAAAGCUACAGAUGCUUCUCACCAAGGAAGCGCGAACUUCACGAUUAAUCGCAGAACUUGCCAUGUUGAAUCUGAACUUACCAGCGAGGAUCUGGCUUCCGUCAGCCGACAAUUGUAACCAUCAUAUUGUCCGAAUACCACACACCCAGGCCAUAGUGCUUAACUCAAAGGAAAAGGCUCCCUAUCUACUCUAUGUCGAGACACUAGAAGUUGAGAACGCCCAUACCUGCCAAGUCCCGGGCAAGAUCCUGGAGAAUACUCUACGAUUUACGCGGUCUGAGGAAGACUUAAGUGCUAUAUGUACGAGAGCUAACGGAGGCGGUAACUCCCCCUUUUCCGAGUUUUAUGUGUACGGGAAUAUGGGCGAGUUUGAUGAUGCCGAGUGCUGGUCACAGGAAGACGAUGACAUCCUUCAGAUGCAGUUUACAGGUCGGUACAGGUCCAGUGACACACUAUCACAGUUCUCUAUAGACAGUUCCACCAGUGCGGACAGCAAGGAGCCUGUAUACAUUGCUGCGGGGGAUAUACGGAGACGUCUUUCCGAAAACAUUUCUGCCCCGAAGGGCAAGUUUGAGCGCGACCCUGAUGAUCCUUCGGCAGCUGCACUUAAGGAGCCAUGGGAGGAAAAGGAGAGGAGGAUCCGGGAGAGUUCGCCGUACGGUCACUUACCUAACUGGAGGCUGCUGUCCGUCAUCAUCAAGUGUGGCGAUGACCUCCGACAGGAACUCCUAGUUUAUCAAGUUCUUAAACAGCUUAAGACAAUAUGGGAACAAGAGCAUGUGCCGUUAUGGGUCCUUCCGUAUCGCAUCCUGGUCACAGCCAUGGACUCGGGGAUGAUCCAGCCCAUCACUAAUGCAGUGUCCCUCCAUCAGAUCAAGAAGCAUGGCAAGGUGUCACUUCGAGACUACUUCAUCCGCGAGUUCGGUCCACCGAACAGCGAAGAGUUCCUGACUGCCCAGAAAAACUUUGUCCAGAGUUGUGCUGGCUAUUGUCUCCUGUGUUAUCUCAUACAGGUCAAAGAUAGACACAAUGGAAAUAUUCUGCUCGACUCCCACGGACACAUAAUUCACAUAGAUUUUGGGUUCAUCCUUUCAACGUCACCUGGAAAAAACCUUGGUUUUGAAAACUCACCGUUUAAACUCACUCAUGAAUUUGUGGAGGUGAUGGGAGGUCUUGGAAGUGAUAUGUUUGAAUACUUCAAGAUCCUCAUCCUCCAGGGCCUGGUGGCAUCUCGGAAACAUAUGGACAAGAUCAUCCUGCUGGUGGAGAUCAUGCAGACAGGCUCCCAGCUGCCAUGCUUCGGUAAAGGGGCGACUAGUCGGCAGAUGAAGGAGCGGUUUCACAUGAAUCUUACGGAGGAACAACUUCAGCUGUAUGUAGAGAAUCUGGUGGAAUCUAGUCUACACUCCCUCACCACAAAACUGUAUGAUAACUUUCAGUACUUCACCAAUGGUAUCCUUUAGAUCAGUCACCCUAUCAGGCCUGGAGGGAUGCAUACUAUACGACAGAACAGCCUUGUGUGGAGGGAGGCAUACUAUACGACAGAACAGCCUUGUGUGGAGGGAGGCAUACUAUACAACAGAACAGCUUAGUGUGGAAGGAGGCACACUAUACAACAGAACAGCCUCUGGUGGAGCAUCCUCUAGCUAGAGUAGCCUCCCUUAAAGAGAAUCAUCCUCCACUUAGACACUUAGAGAAAUAUACUCUCUACAACAAGAUAGUAUUAUACCCUCAACAACAAAAUAGUAUUUCUCACGAAGGGGGAUACUAUCCUUCGGAAAGAGGCGCAGAGGGGGAGGGGGCACCCUGUUCAACAGAACAGCAUCUGUUCAAGGGUGGCACCCUCCAUAACAGAACAGCAUGUUAUGAUAGAUAGGUGCUUUGUAUUGUUUGGUGCCCACAACAGUAUUCUAUAUGUUGUGUAGCUGAAAGAUAUUUCCGAGGAUUUCAUGGCGCCAAAAACUAAUAAAAACUAAACAUUAAUGUUUCAUUAUAUCAACAUUUCUUACACAUACCUAUACAUUUAUUACACAUUUAUUUCUGUAACUUCAUUUUGGAAGAUUAUAGGUGCAAACUUGUCAAAGUAAAUAAGAUCAGAUUCUGAAAAUUUGUAUCUGUUAACUGGAAAAAAUAGUUAUCUGAACUAUUAAAGUCUGCUUUACUGGCUAAUGUUUUUUACAUGGGCCAAUCUUUAGAUAUUUUCCUCUGCAUUUGUUGGGUAGCAAAGACGUGAUAUGGUGCUUUGGUAUUUGUUAACUAGUCUUAUCUUGUAUAUUGACAUAACACCAAGCCUUGCGACAGACCCUGAAGUCUGUGUAUAAAUAUAACCUUGAAUCAACAUCACAGGCCUUACACUUCGAUACAGUUUAAAAAAAAAAAAAAAAAAAGUCGGCUAAUGAAAGAUUUUAAGUGGAAGUUUUAAUGAUUUUAAAAAA